AUGUCAUCACUUGAAAAUCUCAACCCUAUUCAAAUCAUCCAAUAUCUUUUAGACGGCUUUGAUUGUGGGCUCAAUUCAGUCCAAAUAGGCCUUGCUAAAACAAUGGAAGCUUUAAAAGUCCCAGCAAACAAAAUCGACGAAGUCCUUGCAGCUCUCAAAAGCAAAAUCGAAAUUAACACUGAGUCCAGCAGCAGGAUUUUUACAGAGCUUUUAAUGAAAGAAGUUUUUUCUGAAUAUUCCUCAGCUGAAGAAGAAAUAAAUAAGUCGUCCUCUAUUGACAAAAAUUUAGUUGAUGAAGCCCGUAUGCUGCAUAUGCAGCUUUAUAAUGAAAAAUAUAAAAAUUUGAAAUUAAAGCAGGAUAUUCAAGUAGCUGAUAUGCAUGUAGAAGAGCUAAGGAUAAUAACUCAGGAUUGACCAGAUGAACAACAGCUAAAUGAGGUUGAAGACCAGCUUUUAGCUGUUUUAAAUAAUUAA